AGCAAAGAUAGCCGGCUUAAGCAUAAGGUUGCAUUUAAAAUCCACUCAGUUUAAUUUUUUGUUCAUCGCAAGCCGAACGUUUCCCUAAGUUAUCAAACUAAAGGAGUCUGAGUUAAAGAUAACAUGAUAUUACUAAAGGGCCUUAUGAUAUGCGCCUGCAUAUUCACAUGUAGAGCGCAAGACAAUUCCUUGACUUACUUAAUUGCAAAAACUUUUGAAAACAAUAAAGCACCCUCCACCAGAAGCACUCCAGUUUUCAGUCCAAAAGUUUCAUCAGGAACUGGAUCAACCCAAUACCAGUCUUGUGGCGAUCAAAAAGAAUGUGUACCCCGUUGGCUGUGUGCAAAUAGCACGAUUAACACCGAUGGAUAUAAUUUGAUUGAUGUUCGAAUUGAUACGGGCUCAGAAUGCCAAAGCUAUUUGGAUAAGUGCUGUGAUCUUCUGAGCAAGAGAGCCGACUCUAUAUUUCCUCUUAUUCCUGAAAUUCCUGAAGGUUGCGGAUACCAGAAUAAAAACGGCGUUGGCUUUAAAAUUACUGGAGCUGAGAACCAAGAGGCCGAGUUCGGGGAAUUCCCUUGGAUGUUAGCUAUUCUUCUAGAAGAGGGACCACGUAACGCGUACGAAUGUGGGGGAGCUUUAAUAGCUCCGAAUGUGGUGCUUACUGCAGCCCACUGCGUUCAUAACAAACAAUCAAGAACCAUUGUUGUGAGAGCAGGGGAAUGGGAUACGCAAAUAGAACAAGAAGUUUUAUCACAUGAGGACCGGUAUGUGAAGGAAGUAGUGUAUCAUGAACAGUUUAAUAAGGGAGCCCUUUUCAACGAUAUUGCUGUUAUGUUGUUGGAAAGCCCAUUCGCCUUCCAACCGAACAUUCAAACUGUUUGCCUGCCCGACGUUGGUCUAAACUUUGACUAUGAUCGUUGUUUUGCUACCGGUUGGGGUAAGAACAAGUUUGGCAAAGACGGGGAGUACCAAGUUAUCCUGAAAAAGGUGGAUAUGCCAGUGGUACCAGCACAACAGUGUCAGACGAACCUUCGCGAAACUCGCCUUGGAAGGCACUUUAUUUUGCAUGACAGCUUCAUUUGCGCUGGAGGAGAAAAGGGUAAGGACACUUGCAAGGGCGACGGAGGUUCCCCCUUAGUGUGUCCCAUUAAGGGCCAGAAGAAUCGUUUUGUGUUAGCCGGUAUUGUUGCCUGGGGGGUAAGCUGCGGACAAGAAAACAUACCCGGAGUUUAUGCUAGAGUGGCCAAACUUCGUCAAUGGAUUGACGAAAAAUUGAAACUUUGGAACAUUGACCCCAAAUAUUAUUCACCCUAAACCAAGAUCUUAUAACUGAAAUGAAAUCAUUGAGUAUCUUAUUUUUAUACAAUGGAUCAUAAUAUAAAUAAAACUAUCAAGGGGCUUAUGGUUUUCAUUUUA